AUAGGUAUGUAAUCUUUGGAGGCCACAGAGAUUCCUGGGUCUUUGGGGGUAUUGACCCAACCACGGGAGCUGCUGUUCUUCAAGAGGUUGCUCGCAGCUUUGGCAAGAUGAUGGAGAAAGGUUGGAGGCCUAGAAGAACAAUCAUUUUUGCCAGCUGGGAUGCAGAAGAAUUUGGGUUAUUAGGCUCCACAGAGUGGGCAGAGGAAAACAGCAAAAUUCUUCAGACACGGGCUGUGGCUUACAUCAACACUGAUUCUUCCAUUGAAGGCAACUACACCUUGAGAGUUGACUGUACUCCUCUUCUGAACCAAUUGGUGUAUAAUCUGACAAAAGAGAUCUCAAGUCCUGAUGAAGGAUAUGGAGGAAAAUCUCUCUAUGAGAGUUGGCUUGAGAAGGAUCCUUCCCAUGAAAAUAAUCAGCGACCCAGGAUCAACAAGCUUGGAUCAGGCAGUGAUUUUGAAGCUUUCUUCCAGCGACUAGGAAUUGUGUCUGGCAGAGUCCGCUACACUAAAAACCGAAAAGUGGACAAAUACAGUAAUUAUCCUGUUUACCACACUACCUAUGAGACUUUUGAACUGGUCAAGCAGUUCUAUGAUCCCACUUUCCAGAAACAGCUCACUGUUGCUCAGAUACGUGCAGGCUUGGUCUAUGAGCUUUCCGAUUCCCUGGUCCUUCCCCUACAGUGUCAGGAUUAUGCAGAAGCUUUGACACUCUAUGCCAAUGAAAUCUAUGAUCAGGCCAAGAAACAUGAAGCACAACUUGAGAUGUACAAAGUAUCAUUUGAUCCCCUCUUUUCUGCUGUGAAUCACUUUGCAGAUGUAGCAACAGAUUUUCACCGCAGGCUUUCACAGCUUGAUAUGAAUAACCCCAUUGCUGUACGGAGCAUGAAUGAUCAGCUGAUGCUUCUAGAGAGAGCUUUCAUUGAUCCUCUUGGUUUGCCAGGCAGACUGUUCUACAGACACAUCAUUUUUGCUCCAAGCAGUCACAACAAAUACGCAGGCAUGUCAUUCCCAGGGAUCUACGAUGCUCUUUUUGAUAUUGACCGCAAGACAGAUCCACACAAAGCUUGGGAAGAAGUCAAGAGGCAGAUCUCUAUUGCAGCCUUCACUGUCCAGGCUGCUGCAGGGAUUCUGGAAGCUGUGUUGUAAGACAGUAGCCGCAGAAUGGAAGAAUUUAAGUGGCCUAUUUGCCUGGCCAGAAAACGUUCUCUCUUCAAAUGCAUGUAAUUUUACAACCACAGCGUAUCACAAUAAUGCUGUUUCCGGUACUAGUAAUUUGAACUUUGCUCAAAUUGGAAUGGGAAUUUGAGAUCCCCCUUCACUCCUUUCUCCAAUGCGGGUCCAAUAUUUAGUUCCUUAGGCAGUCCUUCCAAUCUUCAGGUGGUUAAGCCUAGGGAUGUCAACCCUGCUCUGUACACAAACUGACCUAUGAAUAGAUUUCAGACAGCCCAUGCCUGCUUGGGUGUUUUGGAUUAUACACAAAAUGAAACAGGGCUGUUUUGCUCUUUGCAUGAAACAAAAUAUGGCCGUUUUCUUCUGAGCCCAAAUGAUGAAGGUGGGAGUCGGGAGAAAAAACAAGGACUUGUUGGCUGAGCGGGAGGGAAGAUGCUGUGACAUUAGUAGCAGGUAGAUGUAUGGAGGGAGAGAAGAAACUUGGAUGAUCAGGGGCAGGCAAGGGAGUGGUACAUAUUAUGGUGUACAUCAGCAAUGGCAGCUAAGGGGAAGGAGGAAUGGUGCUGGGAAAAUUUGGAGUGGUGGAUUGAGCAGCCAAGGAAGCCACGGAAGGGGGAGAGGUGUAACGUGCAUAGACUUGCCCUGCUCACCCUAUUCAGAUUUUGUUUGGCCUGACACCUGGAACAACGAAAGCAUUGUGGGAUUUAUUUCUCCUAAACAGUGGUUGACUUGAAUAUUUCAGCAGAGCCUCUUGAAUGCAAUGGUUUGUUCCAUGUCAGAUACAACACAUUUUUUGUACAGUGGGGCAAAAAAGUAUUUAGUCAGCCACCAAUUGUGCAAG